CCUCAACCGCAAGUAAAGCUAUUCACACCACUUCAGGUAUCGUUGGAAUUGGUGGGAACUCAUGUGGACUCCGUGCGUUGGUUUCUUAUUCGCCGAGUCCGGUUUUCAACACUUGAAUAAAGCAGGAGUGCCGGUAAAAAACCAGUUUUUACGAAUAUUUCGAACUACUGUAUUAUGGGGAGAGAACACCCGAAUUAUGACGAGAAAGUUAAGUGAUGGUGUAUUCUUUGGAAUUGGCUUGAAGCAUAACCAUGUAUCGGGCCCCAAACACUUCAAAGCGACCAAGGCCACCUUCAAUGACCUGGAAAGUAGUGUUUCGGGGAAAGAAGAAUCUUCGGAUAAGCACUCUUUUGAAGCUCUAAAGAUAGGUCAAGUAUAUGAAGGAACGGUGGAGAAAUUGAUGCCAUAUGGAGCUUUUGUGAAUAUUGGAUCGAACCUUUCCGGACUCUUACACGUUUCACAGAUAUCCGAGAAUUUUUUAACGGACCCAGCAGAAAUGCUCAGUGUGGGACAAGCAGUACAAGUUCGAGUUAUCAAAUUGGAUCCUGAAAAAAGACAGUUCGCGCUGUCUAUGAAAUCUCCUCGUAAAAGGGAAAAUAGUCGCUCUGGUCGUGAUGGAAGCCGAAGGAGAGACUUUAGCCGAAACUAUUCUCAAAGAGAUGAGGAGUUGCGCAAGGAGUUGAAGGAGUUUUCAAAGACUGCAAAUCCGAAAGAGUUCUUGAAUGGUAGGGUGGUUAGUAUAACUAAUCUUGGUGCGUUUGUGGACUUUGGAGGUCCAAAGGAUGGAUUACUGUUCAAGUCUGAAAUGAGCAGAGAUUUGCAGAUUGGAGACGAAGUUCAAGUUAGAAUCACUCGCAUUAACUUGGCUAGAAAUUAUCUCAAUCUAUCCAUGAAGCCUUUGAAUGAGAAGUAUAAUGACAGUGAAUUCAUUGUGGAAGAAGAAAGUCUAUCGGAAAACAACACUUAAGGGGGUUUCACGGCAUAAGAAUUCUAGAGAACUUUUCUCUUGUCGUGAUAAGUACAUUUCAAGUAGUUGUGCAUUGACUUGGGUCUCUGUUGUUAUAAAUGUUAUUGUCUGUUCUGUUUGCAAUUUGAAACAACGAAA